AUGUCUGCUCAGUACCGUGCCCCCACCGCUGAACAGGUCCUUUCCCUCGCCUGCGCCGUCGUUGGCGUCGGCCCAGGAGGGAGCACCUCGAUGCUGGCUCGCGUCUCCAUCUCGGACUAUCGGGGGAACGUCCUCUUUGAUUGCUACGUCGCGCCGACCGUGCCCAUCACCGACUAUCGCACCAGCACGACCGCGAUCGAGCCCGGACACCUCCAUUCGCCGUCGGCCUAUAAAUUUUCUCAGGUACAGCAGCACGUCGCCAACCUGAUCAGAGACAAGGUCGUCGUCGGCCACUCGCUCUGGAACGACCUCUCAGUGCUCGGCAUUCCGCAUCCCGCAGUCAACACUCGCGACGUCGCGCUCUACCAGCCCUUCCGGAACGCCCUUCGGUCCCCGAAUCAGGUCAUCGGCCUGCAGACCCUGACUUGGCACCUCAUGCGCCGUCGGUGCCAGGACGGCCAGCUCGAUCCACUCGAGAACGCCCGCGCCGCCCUAGACCUGUAUCGGUCCCACGCUACUGAAUGGGAAAAGGCCAUCAGCGACGGCCAUUGGCCUUCUGCACUGCCUCCGAGCACGUUUUCGCGCUGCUAUCUGUAA